AUGUUGUCCCGAGCUGCCAGGCCAGCCCUGAGUGCCAGUAAUCGGGCUUUGACCCGAAUUGCUGUGCCAAAUGCAGCCAGUUAUGCCACGCUCCGGGAAAUUGAGGGCCGCCUCAAGUCUAUCAAGAACAUCGAAAAGAUCACAAAAACCAUGAAGAUCGUUGCCUCCACUAAACUUACCCGCGCCCAGAAAGCAAUGGUUGACUCACGGACCUACGGCCAAACCUCGCAACAAGUUUUCGACGAAGCGCAAACCAAAGCCUUAGAGGACAAAAAGACACUCCUCGUCAUCGCCAGCUCCGACAAAGGCCUCUGCGGUGGCAUCCAUUCCGGUAUGACGCGCGCAACGAGGCGAAUGCUAGAGACAGACUCGAGCUUGGACAUCGCCAUCAUCGGCGAGAAAUGUAAAGCCCAACUCGGCCGCUCCAACCCAAAGAACAUGGUGCUCAGCUUCGCUGGUGUGGGGAAGGACGUUCCAACCUUCGCCGACGCUCAAGCCAUUGCCGACCGAAUCACCCAGCUUCCGCAAGACUACGCCAGCAUGAAGAUCAUGUACAACAAAUUCAUCAAUGCCCAGAGCUACGAACCCGUGAUAGUGGAAGCCUUCUCCGAAGAAGCCAUCGCCGCAUCCGAGAACUUUGCCGCUUUUGAGAUUGAUGAUGAGGUACUCGCCAACUUGCGGGAAUACGCGCUGGCUAAUUCGAUCUACUGGGCUUUGGCGGAGGGACACGCCUGCGAGCAGUCUGCGAGGAGGAACGCCAUGGAUAACGCAUCCAAAAACGCAGGCGACAUGAUCAGCAAGUUCCAGAUCCUCUACAAUCGAACCCGGCAAUCCGUCAUCACGGGAGAAUUGGUCGAGAUUAUCACAGGCGCCACCGCUUCGGCGGAUAUGUAG